UCUUUGAAGAAUUCUGUUGAUAAAAUCUUUGGCGACAAAUACUGUUUACAGCGGUGUGCAUUUGUUUAUGUUGUGUAUAAUGUUUCACGUGGUGAGGUGACCAGCCGUGAUUGCGAAGCAUAAAUUUUAUGGAACGAAGUUAGCUUAAAACCAAGCGCAAUGCCGAAGAUAAAGGCAGAGAAGAAGGCAAGGCAGCAUCAGGUGGUUGCCAAACAGGGAAUUCUAUUCAACAAAGAAUUUGGUCAACAUAUUUUGAAGAAUCCUUUGAUAAUUCAAAGUAUGAUUGAAAAAGCUGCUCUACGACCUACUGAUGUAGUGCUAGAAAUUGGUCCAGGUACUGGAAAUAUGACUGUCAAACUUCUUGAAAGGGCUAAAAAAGUUAUAGCCUGUGAAAUAGAUACACGUUUAGUUGCUGAACUGCAAAAAAGGGUACAAGGUACACCAAUGCAAUCUAAACUGCAUAUAUUGAUUGGUGAUGUUCUGAAGUCAGACUUGCCAUUCUUUGACUUGUGUGUGGCAAAUAUCCCGUAUCAGAUCUCGUCACGUCUAGUUUUCAAGCUCCUUUUACACAGGCCGUUCUUCCGUUGUGCAGUAAUUAUGUUCCAACGAGAAUUUGCUCAAAGGCUUGUUGCAAAACCUGGUGAUAAACUGUACUGUAGAUUAUCCAUUAACACUCAGCUCUUAGCAAGAGUGGAUAUGCUAUUGAAGGUAGGGAAGAACAAUUUCAAGCCACCUCCAAAGGUGGAAUCAAGUGUAGUUCGAAUAGAGCCUAGAAAUCCUCCGCCUCCCAUCAAUUUUACAGAGUGGGAUGGGCUUACAAGAAUUGCCUUCACAAGAAAGAAUAAAACAUUGGGCUCAGCAUUUAAACAGUCAUCAGUUCUUGCUGCACUUGAAAAGAAUUACAAGAUUCACUGUUCAUUACACAACAUAACACUUCCAGACAAGUUUGACAUUAAAGUGAAGAUUGAUGAUAUCCUCAAGCAAAAUGAUUUUGAAACAAAGAGAGCCCGAACCAUGGAUAUUGAUGACUUCAUGAAGCUCUUGCACGCAUUCAAUAUGGAAGGUGUACAUUUUUCGUAGCAGUGGAAUUUUUAUAUAUACAUGGGACAGUUGUCACCUGCAUCACUCCUGAAUGAAGUACACUUGUGGACACAGUGGCGUCUUCUUGCAUAUGGUGCAGUGGACUUGGAAACAUCGUUUAAGAUUUCUGAGUGUAUAAUUAUUUUUGUUAUUAAGGUCUGAGCACACAUUGUGAGAACUUAAAAGUGAGCUCUUUAUGCCCAGUUUGUUGCUGCAGGUAUCCAGUUGUCUAAUAAAAAAGGAAAGAACACUAUUUGGUUCCAGAAA